CCCGAUUAAAAAUUCAAACCAACAAACACAUCGCCUGGCUACAGUAGAUCGUUAAUAUUAAUAAUUACUGAUAUACAUUUCAACUGGCUGCACAACAAUAAUACAGGCAAAGGCGUAACAUUAAAAAUUCAGAUAGAUGGCUUACUGGAUUUGCCGGAGAACAACAAUUGUUAUUUCAUCCAAGGUAUGGAACCAGAGCUGUUCAAACAAAUAGGCAUUUAGUACAGACACGGGUUGUGUAGAUUUAUCAAACAAAACACCACAAGCACUAUGGGCAACCGUAAAAGUAAAGCACUGUUGGGAUCAUGUGAGAUUGGUGAUUAUGAUAGCAUUGUGUCGUUGCUGAAACGCGGAGCGAACGUUGAAUAUACUGAUUUAUAUGGUAAUACUCCACUGCUUGCAGCUAUCAAGAAUCAUGAUUAUUCCCCUGCCAAUACAGAACACAGGGACAAGACUGUGAACACACCUUUAAUGGUGGCAGCAAAUAAUGUAGAUAUUGUCAGAUUGUUGAUAAACAGUGGGUGCCAAUUAAAUAAGACAAAUCGGUAUAAAGAUUCUGCACUACACCUGGCUGCCCGAUUUAAUAAUGUUGAAGUGGUUAAAUUACUUGUGAAAAGUGGUAUUGAUGUUACUCUAACUAAUAAGAAAGGCCGGACCGCACAACACAUAGCUUCCAUGCAUGGCCACGAAACAAUUGGCAACAUAUUGGUAUCCAACAGUCCUGCACGCCUGCUCCGAAAAGCAUUGGUGUCUGGUGAAAGGGUGCUGGUCCAUAAAUUACUUGAACGCGUCGCUUCCUUGGAUAUUGCGUUACUAGAAAUCCCUUACCGUACGAAGGAUUCACUAAUGGUGGAGAUUUUAAUAGAGAGAUAUCUGAACCAGGAUUCCCCCACUUGCAAAUGUUUGUUAUUUUAUCCUGUGGUGAAGUAUCGUGACGUAAAGUGGACUAAAAUAUUAAUCGAACGCGGUAUUCCCUUCGAUGCGUCGUUUCUAGACGUCGCUUAUGCAAACCGAGAUUUUGAAAUGGUGGAUACCUUAAUCGAGAAGGGCCUGGAACAUAAUAUUGAUCAACGAAGUAGUAAACCAAUGAUAAAUUAUGCUGUGAAACAUAGCGACCUAAAGCGGGUUAAAAUAUUACUUGAACACGGCAGUCACUUCGAUAUGUUGUUACUAAACGUCGCUUAUAUACACAACGAUUUCGAAAUAGUGAAUAUCUUGAUAGAGAAGGGCUUGGAACAUAAUAUUGAUCAGACAAGUGGUACACCAAUGAUAUAUUAUUGUGCAGUGAAUAAUGACCAUGAAUGGGUUCAAAAGCUGUUGAAUCAUAAAAGUUACAACUAUAUUCUAAAUCGUGUAUGGUUGUUUCUAGAUCCGACCGACAUUUCCAAAGCCACCAAUGCGGUUGUCGACUAUUUUCGUGUUGAUAGGAAUCCAAUCGGGUUUACAACGUACGAAUACUAUCGAUGUUUUUUUUCCGGUAGUACAUCAGCUCAGUGUGCUUGAAGGGCAAUUUUGCUACGGCCUUUUUUAUUUCGAAUUCCAAAUGUCACAUGACAGGAAUUCAUCACGAAUAACUCAGAACAAUGUUCUCAUCUUGCGGCUAAGCGGAGUUUACACGAUCGACUGACUCAUCAGACAAAUGGUCGGAUGGACAGCUUGUGGCAUUGAUAGGAUCAGUUCUAUUCAUGUCCAACUCAUGCAAUAGCCAAUCAAAUUGCGUUAUAUUAGACAACGCCAUGUGAUGUAUGGCUUGGCAACCUGAAUUCCUGAUUAAAGAUGUCUUUGACUGUCGCUUCGAGUACUUUGACGUCCUAUAAAAUUGAUUCUAAACCUAUCCGCGACUGAAUUAGAAUAUUUAAUAACUGUAAUAAUAUUGCUAGAAUUUCUGCUCUUGAAAUUAAUGGUGGCAGUAUGUUUCAUUAAUUAAUAUCUUUGGCAAGUUAGUAAUUUCAAAUAUAUUCACAUAUGUAGUGUGUACUAAAUCAACUUAGGGGUUAAAUGACAUAUUGUUAUAUAAAAAAGAGUUAUUUAGCCAAAACAUGUGUCUAUAAAAUACCAUCAGAUAUCACGUGCAUGGAAAUUUACCAUUGCAUCAUUUGGCUUAAUAUAACAAAUCAUAUCGUUAAUUGCACAGGUUCAGGGCCAUGAUCACCCUUGUUUGUGCAUGAUAUCCAUAAGUCUUAUAAAAGAAAUCAUAUUAAACUUUUAAUUCAGACUUCCAUUAGAUUCCAGAGAGGUUCCAUUUGAGUUCCUAGACAGCCGUUAGGCUGGCUAGGGUGGGGAAAUGGUUUUAGCUAGUAUUGUUAUGCUUGUGCUUGUAUCCAUAUUAUGCAGCUAUAUAGAGAAUAAAAUAUAAUCAUUCAUAAGUUGAGAUUGAUAGGAUUAUUAAAUAAUAUAAUAUCACUGGUUAGGUGUGUAUAUUAUCAGGUUAACAUGACCUGUAGUAAAUUAGAGUAAAAUUAAAGUUAAAUUGAGGGUCUCUAGGGCGUAGGUUUAAAAAAAAAUGUUUUGAUAUAACUAAGGAAUAAUAAUGAUAAGGACACGGAAUAGGGAAUAAAAUAAGGAACUAAUGUUGUUUCCGGAUCGCAGUAAAAAAAAUGGCAAAUCUAAGAAUAAAGUUUGAGAGUGAUUAACUCUAGUUUCCAAGAUGGCCGUGUUUUCGACUAUGAUUCGUUAAUUUGUGUUUUUUGUUGUUUCGUAUAUAAUGUAAUUUUCGGACUCUAGUCCAAAGUCUCAAUAUUUUAGUUUUAGUCGGGUUAGGCUAAAAAAGAGUAAUUUUAACUUUUGAAUAAAAAGUUGAAUUGCUAUUAUUUGUCUUUUUGUGUUGUCCAUAUAUGUGGUUAAAUAAGUAGAGUAGUGUAAUUUUGAAGCUCUAGUCCAAGGUUUCAAAAUUAAGUAAUUUGACUUUUGAAUAAAAAGUUAGGUUAUGGAAAAAAUCCCAUAUAAUUAAAUAUAGGGAUGUAGGUUAUAGUUUUCCUGGGGAAAAACUAAAAUUAUUGGCUCGUUAAAUUGUGAGAUUAUUGCAAAGUCAUUAAUACGAGUUUAAUACGAGGUUAAGGUAAACAUACGACACUUUUUAGAAAAGUGGAGGUAUACGGUAGAUUUUAUCCGUAUAUAAUUUUGUGUAAUUAAAUUUUGCUUUAGAAACGUAAUAUAAACGUUAAAUAUAUAUUUGCUAAAUGCUAUUAUGUCAUUAAUUAAAUUUUGCUUUAAAUUGUUAAUGCGAGGUGGUUAGGAAUGUGUAAUUUGACAUUAGGUCGGAUUAUUAUAAACAAUAGGUUCUAACACUGUGUUAAAUUUGACGUUUGUGAAAGUCACAAUAUAUAGGACUAGCAGGAUACCCGGCUUCGCUCGGGGGUCAUAACUCCGAAACCCGAAGUGGUAGACUAACGCCACCUUACCUAUGUUACUCCCCGGUCCGAGCUGCCCCUAUAUCCCAAAUUUCAGACUCGGGGCAGACCUAGUGUAGCCGCCAACCUCGAAUAGACCGGCUUCGCUCGGGGUCAUAACUCCGGAAGUGGUAGACUAACGCCACCUGGCAUAUGUUACUCCCCGGUCCGAGCUACCCCUAUACCCCAAAUUUCAGACUCGGGGCAGACCUAGUGUAGCCGCCAACCCUGAACAGACAGACUUUGCUCGGGGGUCAUAUCUCCGAAACCGGAAGUGGUAGACUAACGCCACCUGGCCUGUUACUCCCCGGUCCGAGCUACCCCUGUACCCCAAAUUUCAGAGUCGGGGCAGACCUUGUGUAGCCCCCAACCCCGAACAGAACGGCUUCGCUCGGGGGUCAUAACUCCGAAACCGGAAGUGGUAGACUAACGCCACCAGGCCUAUGUUACUCCCCGGUCCGAGCUACCCUAUACUCCAAAUUUCAGACUCGGGGCAGAUGUAGCCGCCAACCCCGAACAGACCGGCUUUGCUCGGGGGUCAUAACUCCGAAACCGGAAGUAGUAGACUAACGCCACCUGGACUAUGUUACUCCGCGGUCCGAGCUACCCCUAUACCCCAAAUUUCAGACUCGGGGCAGACCUAGUGUAGCCGCCAAUCCCGAACAGACAGACAGACAGACAGACAAACGACAGUCACAAAUAUAUAUAUAGAUAGAUAUUUCUCAGUCAGUAAUGUGACCUUUUGACCUAAUCAUAUUAAUCUACGAUUUGGUAUGUGAGCUAACACGGAUAAAAUUGUACAAACCAAUCAUACGUAGAAGAACAAAAAAGAAAGUUUUCAACUUGAUAUUAUGGUAGCUGAUACAGACCAAUACAAAUCCAAGAAGAAGAAAUGGUUUACCAGUUUACCAAAUUGAGAUUUCCUGAGACAGAAUUUAAAGUGACACUGAACUUUAUAAAAUAUUACGUGAUGUGUUUUGAAAUUAGGACACUUGAAGAUUUAACAAAGACAAUUUGUGUUUUCUGUGCUUAGGCUUAGUGAAUUUUCAUAGGAUUUUACAGUGAUGAACUUUUUGGAGAGCUUUUGCAUGCAACUUUUGAUUUUUGAUUAUUUGUGUUUUUAUUUCAUAGCUUUGUUUUAUGGUAUAGUAAGCAUAUAUAUGUGCAUGAAUAAUUAUAGGGUUUAGUACAUGGCAGAUUUUAAGAGUCUCCUACCUCUUCAUUUCGCAUAAAUCUUAGAAGACGGGGAGGUGAUAAUUAUAUAUGUCGAUUUUCGAGAUUUCUGCUACAUUUAUGAAUGCUUAUAUAACUCUACCUAAUACCGAGCAAACAGUCUUUAACAGAGGGACGAAUGUAAUAAUAUUGCUGGAAUUUUUGCUCUUGAAAUUAAUGGUGGCAGUAUAUUUCAUUUAUUAAUAUCUUUGGCAAGUUAGUAAUUUCAAACAUAUUCACAUAUGUAGUGUGUACUAAAUCAACUUAGGGUUUAAAUGACAUAUUGUUCUAUAAAAAAAAAGAGUUAUUUAGCCAAAACAUGUGUCUAUAAAAUACCAUCAGAUAUCACGUGCAUGGAACUUUACCAUUUCAUCAUUUGGCUUAAUUUAACCAAUCAUAUCGUUAAUUGCACAGGUUCAGGGUCAUGAUCACCCUUGUUUGUGCAUGAUAUCCAUAAGUCUUAUAAACGAAAUCAUAUUAAACUUUAAGUCAGACUUCCAUUAGAUUCCAGAGAGGUUCCGUGAGGCUGGCUAGGGUGGGGAAAUAGUUUUAGCUAGUAUUGCUAUGCUUGUGCUUGUAUUCAUAUUAUGCAGUUAUAUAUAUAAAAUGUAGAAGCGAA